AUUCUAAUCAUACUGCACGUAAACAAGAUCUAAGCAGUACAUUUAAUUGGUUUGUUGAUUUCAAAUAAAAAAAUGAAGUUUCUUAUUUUUGCCGUGUGCAUGGCCGCCUUAGCUUUGGCUGAAAAUACGUACGAUUCUUCGACCGAUGAUAUCGAUCUAAGCGAAGUGUUAGGUAAUGAAAGGCUUGUAAUGUCAUACUCGAAAUGUCUGUUAAAUAAGGGACCCUGCACUCCAGAAGUCAAGAAACUCAAAGAUAAACUUCCCGAAAUUUUGGAAACAAAAUGCGCAAAGUGUACCGAUAAACAAAAACAGAUGGGAAAACAAUUAAUUCAAGAAAUUAAAUCCAAGCAUCCAGACAUUUGGUCCGAUUUAGCUGCUCACUACGAUCCCCAAGGAAAGUACCGGCAGUCAUUGGAAGAAUUUCUUAAAUCCAUUAUUAUUAUUAUGCUUCUACAUAGUUCUAUCUUCACCCUGACAAUAUCAUUUGUGGUAGCGGAGUUCUAUAGUUCGCGAUACGAUGACUUUGACAUCCAACCACUUCUUGAAAACGACAGGAUUCUUUUGGGAUACACUAAAUGUUUUCUCGAACAAGGACCUUGCACAGCGGAAGGCAAAGAUUUCAAAAAAGCAAUACCUGAAGCUGUUGAAACUACAUGUGAAAAAUGCACACCAAAACAGAAACAAUUGAUCCGAAAAGUAAUCAGAGCUGUGAUGAACAAUCACCCCAAAUCUUGGGAGCAACUCGUCGAGAAAUAUGAUAAAGAUAACAAAUAUAGAAAAUCGUUUAAUUUAUUCAUAGAAGAAAACGAUUAAACUUUAUAGAUGUG